GUUGCGGGCUCUGCUUCCGGGAGCCGCCCGCKCUGUGUGAGGGGGCGUCGCGUCGCGCCGCGCAGCACGAUGUUGGUGUUAGUAUUAGGAGACCUUCACAUUCCACACCGAUGCAACAGCCUCCCAGCUAAAUUUAAAAAACUGCUGGUUCCAGGAAAGAUCCAACACAUCCUCUGCACUGGAAACCUCUGCACCAAGGACACCUAUGACUACCUCAAGACUCUGGCUGGGGAUGUUCAUGUUGUGCGAGGGGACUUUGAUGAGAACCUGAAUUACCCUGAACAGAAAGUUGUAACUGUUGGACAGUUCAAAAUUGGGCUGAUUCAUGGCCAUCAGGUUAUUCCCUGGGGUGAUAUGGCCAGCCUGGCAUUGCUACAAAGGCAGUUUGAUGUGGACAUCUUGAUUUCAGGACAUACACAUAAAUUUGAGGCAUUUGAACAUGAAAACAAAUUCUAUAUCAAUCCAGGAUCAGCUACAGGAGCUUACCAUGCCUUAGAGAACAACAUCAUUCCUUCAUUUGUGCUGAUGGAUAUCCAAGCUUCUACCGUAGUUACGUAUGUUUAUCAGCUAAUUGGAGAUGAUGUGAAAGUAGAAAGAAUUGAGUACAAGAAAUCUUGAGGUGUCUUUGCUUGUCUCGUGUUUUUACCAUCUCAUUCUGGAAGUCCAAGUUACUGCAAUACUUGAUUGCCAGUUUACAGUACCACAUUUAUUUGCUAACGGCUUAACACUGUAGCUCAUUGGUCUCAACUUCAAACCAACAAUGUGUUUGCUUAUUUUCUCUUUGUAUGAUUUGAUUUGUAAAAAGAUUCCAUUAACUGGGUUAAGUACUGUUCCUUAAUGUUGUAACAAACUCUUUUUGCUUCAUAGAAAAACUAAGCUUUAUGAACCAUCCUUGAAAAAUGUGACUUAUAACCUGCUUUAAAAGCAUCUAGCAGUACUUGAUGUUUAACACAUAGCCUGAUUUGGUGAUUUAUAUCUAGUGGACAAAUUUGGCAUAAGCCUAUUGUAACAGGUUUAAAUACAUUAAUGACAGAGGCUUUGGGAGGCAGGUUUCUUUCAGAAUCCAUUUGAUACUAAGCUUUCUCCUUCCAAGUUAAGUUGAAAGAAUAAAUGGAUUGGGUAGAUUCUGAAAAAAAUACAAAUCAACUCACAGCUGUAGUAAUUUACUGUAGAAAGUUUAACUUUAGUCUUUUUAUAUUCAAAGUGGUUUAAAACGACGUGUCGGCUUUACUGGAUGAUGGUCUAAUUAAAUCUGUAAUCAGUGUAGAGAGGCUUUUUCUUUACUUUGCUUAUCUAUGUAUCUGACACUGUAUAUAUACACAGCUUGCUCCAUGUACAAAAGUUUUAAAUAAUGUAAUUCUGUAUGGCACUGGUACUACUACUGAGGACUAAAAAUUGGUUGUUCAUGAGAAGUUUUUGCUCUCCUACGCUCAGCUGGCUCAAGGGAACUUGAGUGUACUUAACAGCUCCCCCUUUUCAUGGCUGCUAGUUUUACAAUAAAAAGUUUUAUCUUUUAUCUUCUACAGAAUACUUAGAA